UGUAUUAAUUUAUAAGGUUUAACUGUAUUGUCUAAUGUAUUUUUUUUCCUUUUGAUUUUAGGACAUUAGCGGGCAAGUUUUGUUUUAGAAAUAAAGAAAAAAAUAAAACGUAUAGUUACAAUUUUACACCGCCUUUGGGUAAUUGAACCGUAAUUACAGUAAUCCUUCCAAGGGCAAAUCUCUCUCCUAACGAACGGAAGUCUCCUGCCCCUUUCCUUCCAACGCAAGAAAACUAAGCAAAGAAUUCUUAGAAAGGGCAAUUGUUUAGGGUUUCAGGGUUUUCGUUUUGCGUUCAUCACCGACUCCUCUUCUCGUUCAACCCCUAAGGUGUUCAAAUUACCAAGAGCCAACAAUGGUCUCGCAAAUCAAACAAGUUUCUUCCGAAGAAAAGUUUUAAUAGACAGAAGAAAAGAAAAGCUGAAAGUAUUUGUUCUGAAACUGUUAUUUGCUACAAGAUGCGGAUGAUACCUGUUUUUCGUGACUACCCUAAGGGCUGCAGUCCAAGGGGAAGAUUUGCUACUCAAUUCUCUCAACACCUAGUUCAAUCAGAGUCGCCUAGCUCUAGCUCACUGUAUGAUUCAGAAUCUGAGGACUUAGUGGCUUCUUUAUUUGACGAUGCGCUUGAAUCAGUUUCCUCAGCGGAAGUUGAAGGAAAAGAUGGGUCACAGGCUUUGGAUACCACAAGCCCGAUUGACCAGUUGGAAACUUCCGAUCAUGAGGCUACAGAAUUACCUGAGGAAGUUGUGUCUGAGUCCAUGCCUACAGAUUAUGCACCCCGCAAAAAGGUCUUGGCUAUCCGGGAUUAUCCUAGAGGCUGUGGUCCGAAAGGAAAAUCUCAAACACCAUUAUCUGAAGAUUUAGAAUCAGAAGGGCCAGACUCUAGCUUGUGGUCUGGUUCAGAAUUGGAGGUCUCUCUUUCGAAGAAGGGACUUGAUUCUAUAACAUCGGCGGAAAGAGAGACACCAAAGGCUUUGGAUGAAAUCGAACACAUUGACUUGAAAGAAACUUCGGAGUCAUUAGAGGAAGCUAAAUUGGUUUUCAGCAGCUCUUGGUAUGAUUUGGAAUCCGAGGACUCAAUGGUUUCUAUUUAUAACUAUAGCCUUGAGUCAGUAGCAUUAUCAGAAGAAGAACAAGGAAUAGAUAUGCCAAAGGUUGUAGACUCCAUGGGCUUGAUUGAUCAGUCGGAAACUUCAGAGCCUGAAGAUCCGAUUCUGCCACCCAAGACAAUAGACUUAGUAACUAUGGAUUCUCCCAAGGGCUGUAGAAGAAGAUGUCCUCAAGUUAGGGAUGAGAAUAUCCUGGAAGCAACUACUUUUGAGACAAAUGGAUUAAACCAUGAGCUGUCUGAUGCAGAAGAUCCCUCACUUAUAGUACUGAGUGAGUCAGAAGGGAGUUGCUCCACAAAUACUUGCAGGAGCAAUUUACAGGAAUCAGAAAAUUUAUCAGGCCAAUGCAGCAAUCAGUUUCGGGAAAAAGGUCCAAGUAGAACGGAACAUCGAAUGCCUAAAUUGAUAGUAACGGGAUGGAUGGCUGCACGAAACUGCCCAUGGAGGGAAAGGAAAAGAGCAUCCAGAUCGAAUACAACCAGAGAUGCAAACAGUAGCAAAAGAAAGAAGCACUAAUUUCCAAGGUUGGACAAGUUUGAUCUUACAGAAGCUUCAAAAGUUAUUGGUAGAUGACAAUUUCACUUAGGUUUUGAAUGUUUGUUAUAGGUAUAACCUAGUAUUCAAACUUGGUAUAAUUUUCAUUUCAUAAAUGAUGUCAUUAUCUAAACAUGUAUUCUAUCAUAUAUGAAGUUAUCUACUCUUUGGCAGCCAA